AUGGGCCACGUUUCCCUUGAGCUGUUUGCAGACAAAGUUCCAAAAACAGAAAACUUAUGUGCUCUGAGUACUGGAGAGAAAGGAUUUGGUUCCAAGGGUUCCUGCUUUCACAGAAUUAUUCUAGGGCUGGUGUGCCAGGGUGGUGACUUCACAUGCCAUAAUGGCCCUGGUGGCAAGUCUAUCUAUGGGGAGAAAUUUGAUGAGAACUUUAUUCUGAAGCAUACAGUUCCUGGCACCUUGUUCAUGGCAAAUGCUGGACCCAACACAAAUGGCUCCCAGUUUUUCACCUGCACAGCUAAGACUGAGUGGUUGGGUGGCAAGCCCGUGGUCUUUGGCAGGGUGAAAGAGGGCACGAGUGUUGCAGAAGCUAUGGACCGCUUUGGGUAG